AUGGCAGCUACACAACCUAGGGUAUGCAUUUUGGGAUUUGGAUCUAUUGGAGUACUGCUGGCGUCUCAUUUGCAACAAAAUGCCCAGGUCACCGUUAUACCGCUCUUAAGAUCUGAAAAACGGCUGGAAGAUUUAAUCGCUCAUCGAAAAACUGCUAACGUCAAAUCUCUAUUCUUAGAUCAACAACCAAUCCGCGAGACAAUUUUCGAUGCUGCCACAUGUCCAGAACUGAUUCCCAAUGAUUGGAAGAUCGACAACUUGAUCAUUACCACAAAAACGUAUCAGACUAAAGAUGCCUUGAAGCCUUAUAUGAAAUAUUUGCAUCCUCGCACCAACAUAAUGCUUGUCCAGAAUGGCCUGGGAGUCUUUGAAGUGCUCAAUGAAGAGAUAUUCGUGGAGUGGAAGCCCAACUUAUUUCAAGGUGUUAUAUCACACGGUAUCUUCAACACAGGCGGCUUUUCCUUUAGUCAUGCCGGUUUCGGAAACCUCAAGGUUGCUAGACUCCCUAGUCAAGAUCCAGGAAGUAUUGUACAGUCCAACCAACUUAUCUCCUCUGACCGCUCGGGAAAUGAACUGAUCAGAAUUAUGAACGACUCUAACUUUGCGGCAGGCUUAGAUGUGCAGCAUUUGACCUACCAGGAAAUGUUGCUGGGACAGCUAGAAAAGCUCAUCGUCAAUUGCUGCAUGAACUCAGUAACUUCAAUCGUUGACUGUAUCAACGGCGAACUCAGAGACAUCGGCGCCCCGAUUUUCGAUGCUAUCAUUUCAGAGUCACUUACUGUGCUGCAGACUGCUUAUAAACCGCUCUUUGAUUACAAGCCCAGUAGUAGGGACUUUCCGUCUCUUGACGUUUUGGGGGUUUUGGAUCGUAAAAGGCUCUUAGCAUUCGUCUUGAAUAUUGGUUGCGUGGUCAAUGGAAGUAACAGUACAUCCAUGCGACAAGAUGUGGUGAAUUUGAGAGACACUGAAAUCGAAUACAUCAAUGGAUACAUUGUCAGGCUAUGUGACAAACUGGCGUUGGGUAGAGAGUCUUGUAAGACUAACGAGACUAUCGAAACUCUAGUGAAAUUGCGGCUUGGACUAAAUAGAUAUCGCGAUGAGCAUGGCGACAAAAGGGUAAAGCAUUGA